AUGUUUAACUAUGAUAUUUAUGAAAAUGAUAUGAAUGAAAUAAUUGAUUGUACAUUUUAUCAAAAUGUUGAUUCAUGUCAUACAACUCCUUCAAUAUAUCAAUCAAAUUGUAUGAUAGAAAAGUGUUUAAAUCAAUCAAUUUUAACAUCUGAAACAAAUUUUCGACCAAUGAGAAAUUAUUUAAAUGAUAUUCGAUGUAGGAUGUUAACAAAACUUGUUCAACGAAAUAUUACCGGUUUAGAAUUUAUUCAAGCUUUUGAACAAGCACCAAAUAUGAUUGAGAAUAUGUAUAUGUCUAACUCAAAUAUACAUAAUGACAAAUUCAUUGAUCAAUUAGCCGAUAUUACACAUGAUUUUAUGAUAAAAUCUCCGUAUAAAUGUAUGCCGACAUCUCAUAUAUCAUCAACUACUAAAAUUGAUCAUAAAUUUCAACCAUCAUUACUUUCUUCUUCUUCAUCACAAUCAAUAGCAUCUCUACCUAAAAUAAAAUCGAACUCACCAUCGUUUACAACUAUCAAAUCGAAAACAAAUUCAAAUUCAAAGGAAUUUUCACCAUUGGAGCAAACUAAUUUGUCAUCAUCAUCACCACCAUUCACCAUUUCAAAAUCUUUACCAUCUCGUCCAAUGACUCCACCGAAAUCUCCAUCACCUGUUCUCUCACAUCAUUCAUCUGAAGAUCAAUCUUAUUCAAGUAAAUAU